AUUUUGGACAGUCUCAUCUGAACAUCUGAAGGGGAUGGAGUACCCUAUUAAGCUAGUAUAGAAAGCUUUCACGACGCGCGUAACUUGAUGGGCGGCUGAUGAUCGUCAUUCCCCAAUCUCGAAUCCGUUGCAACCUCCUGUCGUGCUUCACUUGUCCUGGAAGUCAUUGCCCAUCAUGGUGACACAGAAUACCCCCAACAUUGUCUUUAUUAUGGCUGAUGACCACGCAUCCAAAUCAAUCUCGUGUUACGGCGCUGGCAUCAAUCAUACGCCGAACCUGGACAGGAUCGCCAACGAGGGGAUGCUUUUCAAUCACUGCUAUGUGACAAACAGCAUCUGCACGCCUUCACGCGCAGCCAUUCUGACCGGGACACACAAUCAUGUCAAUCUUGUCAUGACUUUGGCAUCAAAGAUAAAUUCGCGUUUACCAAAUCUGGCAAAACAUCUACAAACUGGAGGAUAUCAGACUGCAAUGGUCGGCAAAUGGCAUCUCGGCGAGGGAAAGGAGCACCAGCCUACAGGGUUUGACUACUGGAGUAUCGUUCCAGGCCAGGGCGAAUAUUAUGACCCGCUCUUCAUUGAAUCCGAUCGCACCAAGCGCUAUCCUGGUUAUGUGACAGAUGUCAUCACUGAUAAGUCGAUGGACUUUAUCCGGAAUCGAGACACAAGUCGCCCGUUCUUCGUCAUGUGCCACCACAAAGCACCACAUAGAAGCUGGGAGUGCGAUCCAAAGCAUAAGCACAUGUACAAGGAUCGCAUUAGGUUGCCUGAUACAUUCACGGAUGACUAUAAGAACCGGGCGCGGGCUGCCAAGGUUGCAAAAAUGCGGAUAGCUGACGAUAUCACAUACUUUGAUCUGGGACUGGUGCAACCAGAUGGUGGACAGGAGGUUGGAGAGAAGUUGAUCGAUGUGUGGAAUUGGAUCGACCGGAAGAUUCCUAACCCCGAGGAUGUCACGCAGAUGCGCCUUGUAGACAAGGACGACGGGACAGUAUUUACGUUUGAAACACGAGAUCAGCUAGCCGAUUUCAAGUACCAACGCUACAUGCAACGAUACCUCCGAACGAUCCAAAGUAUUGACGACAAUACUGGCCGUCUACUCGACUACCUGGAAGAGGAGGGUCUUGCUGAGAACACAAUUGUCAUUUACACAUCUGACCAAGGAUUCUUCUUGGGCGAACAUGGAUGGUUCGAUAAGCGCUUUAUGUACGAAGAAAGCUUUCAAAUGCCUCUCCUCGUGAGAUGGCCACGAGAAAUUCAGCCAAAGUCAGUGUGUAACGACAUUGUGUGCAACGUCGACUUUGCCCCUCUCUUCCUCGACUGCGCAGGAUUGAAGAUACCGAGCUACAUGCAAGGUGUUUCAUUUCGAAAGCUGCUCCGAGGCGAGAAACCUGAAGACUGGCAGCAGAUAGCAUACCACCGCUACUGGAUGCACAACGAUGUCAUCCACAACGCGUACGCUCAUUACGGCGUGCGUGAUCAACGCUACAAGCUCAUUUACUGGUACAAUGAAGACCUUGGUCUCGAGGGCGCGAGGCCAGCUGAUGCAAAUCACAAGGAAUGGGAGCUUUUCGAUUGUGAGGAGGAUCCUCUUGAGCUUUUCAACGUCUAUCAUGAUGAUGCGUACGAACAUGUAGUCAAGAGGAUGACGAUGAAGCUCGAGGCGAAGAUGGCAGAUAUUGGUGACACACCGGUCCACAAAACUGUGCCUAAUACAUAGUAUCGGCCCAAACUCACUUUUCGGCACUUUCACUCCCACGAUGCAGAAAUCGAAUGUCAGAUCUCUUUGGAUACAAGGAUGCUAUGGGCGAAUGAUCGAAUCUUCCCUAUUUGCCACUUUUACUCUGUCAUCAGCUAUUGAUCAACAGCGUUACAUUACCUCGGGAUGCUGGGGCC